UGCUCCCACACACGCACAGGCAUAUACAUUCUUUCUUUCCUAAUAUUUACUUUUCUUUUUGAGUUACCUUUUUCGUUCACGCCGUUCCGCCCGUCUUUCUGCCUCUCGACUGCUUCUGUGAACACCCACCAGAUCUCCCCUCCAUCUACGGAUCUGCGCCGCGCAAAUGGACAGCGGCGGCGACCUGAGGAGCAGCAUCAAGAAGUGGAACGUCAUCUACCCGGUGUACCUCAACUCCAAGAAGACGGUCGCCGAGGGCCGCCGCAUCGCUGCCGGCAAGGCCUGCCCCGACCCCACCUGCAUCGAGAUCGCCGACUGCUGCUCCUACCUCAAGAUCCCCCAUGCCAUCGAGUUGGAUAAGGCGUACCCUCGAGAUUUCUUCCUGGUGGGGAGGGUCAGGGUGCAGCUCAAGAAGGAUGAUGGCUCCCCGGUCAAUCCUGCGAUUAAAACAAAGAAACAGUUGAUGAUCCAAAUAGCAGAGCUAGUUCCCAAGCAUCACGGGAGGACUAAGAAGCAGGAACCAGGAGGUAGUUCUUCAACCACUGGCGAAAAGAAGAAAGGCGGGAAGAAGAAAAAAUGACGUCAGUACCAUCUUGUGCUGUUUUUUCUGCUCAUACUCAUACUAAGUUUCUGCUGAAGUUGUGUCUUCUCUGAGGCCUGAAUAUCAUUGUGACUUUUUAGGGGUUUUGAUCCAUUUGAAAUUUCGGUACGCAUCGUUCUUGUUGUACUUCUUCAGAAGCUAGCAGCCAUGAGAACACAAUUCACAGAUGCUGCUGUUUGGUGGAACUUUCUUUAUAAUUCAGCUGAGAUACUUUAUUUCA